GACGUGCAGUUUUGGACAAAAGUAGCUGCCUUGCCUUGGCCUGCAAGGAUCAUUGAUCCACCAGCUCCAUAUCUUACCUCCUUGCUGCUUUUGUAUUCUGCAGGGAAACCAAAAGGAUAUUGGCAGGGACCAAUAUCUCCCGAACUAGCAUUAACACCAAAACCUCAUAUCACAGCAAGAAAGCAACGAGAAGCAUGGAGGCGACGGCGAUUAGCUUGGGCAAGGCUGUGCUCGAAGGUGCUCUGGGCUAUGCAAAGUCCAAGGCGGCAGAGGAAAUCGCGCUGCAGCUCGGUGUCGAGCGCGAUGUGAACUUCAUCAAGGACGAGCUGCAGAUGAUGCAGUCGUUCCUGAUGACGGCCGAUGAGGAGCAAAGCCACAAUAAGGUGCUCACCACCUGGGUGAAACAGAUUGGGGUCCUGGCCUAUAAGGUGGAGGAUAGCCUCAUGGAUUUCGGCCUCCACUCGGAGAAAAAACCAUUCUUGGGCUGCAUCCCCCGCAACCCAGGUGAUCGACGCCGCAUUGCCAAUGAGGUGAAGGAGCUGAGGGCCGAGGUGGAGGAUGUGAGCAACAGGAAUCUGCGCUAUCGCCUCAUCAAGGAGAGUUCAGCCUCUAAGCCUACCGCGGCAGAGGAGCAGGUCAGCAAUGCCACUGCAACACUGUUUGGCAUCAACGAAGCAAGACUUGCCGCCUUGGAGCACGAAAAAUCAUCAGAGGCAGACCUCCACCAGCUGAUUACCAGCAAUUAUGUGGACCUUAGGGUGAUCGCCAUGUGGGGCACUAGUGGUGAUCUCGGGAAGACGUCCGUCAUCCAAGAGCUUUAUGAUGACCCAAAGGUAUUGAAAAGGUUUGGAUUCCGUGCUUGGAUUAGGUUGAUGCAUCCUUUCAAUCCGCAAGAGUUCCUCUCGAGCUUGGUAAGGCAAUCUUAUGAAAACUCCCUUGAGGAGCUUGGAAAGCCUGAACAAGAAACAAGUGUCGGGGCUAAUGUUUUGGCCAAGAUGGAGAAGAUGGAUCAAAGUGAUUUAGUCCGUGU